UACUAGGGCGGGCAGAAGGCGGCGGCUGUAGCCCGCGGUUUGGGCAACCGCUGAGACCGACAGUUGGUGCCGUUAGUCCCCUUGCCGCUGCCGAGGCUUUGCUUCCAGAGGGGAGCGCAGAGAGGGCCGAGUUCGGAGCUAGGGCAAAGAGACGACCGCCGUGGGGAAAGGGGGCGGCGCCCUUGGGCUUUCCCUUCCUCUCGUUUUCCUUCUGCUGCCUUGAAGAAAGGGACGCGUCCGAGCGCCGUGCGGUUGGGCGGUCUUCGCUCCCGCAGAAGAGUCGGGCCCGUCGAAGGAUGUGCCAGCAAAUCUGAGGGAUGUAGGGUGCGACAAUGCAGAGUGCCACUCUUUGGGAUAGGCGGCUCUUUGGUAUGCGUGAUUCCCUAGCUGUGAACCUGUAUUGUGAACUCCCAAAUUACUUUUCUUCAUGAUGACCUGGCAGUCAUCCCUUCUUGACACUUUCCAAGAAUUUAUGUGCUGAACAAAAAGGUGCUGAGGAAUGGGCAUUCCCCUGCUAUCUUUCAGGACAUGGGAGUUUGUGUAAAGAUGCAGCUGUGAUCCUCGGCUGUGUGUCUGAUUGAAGGGACCUAAUGUUUUACGUUAUUGGUGGGAUCACAGUAUCUGUGGUAGCUUUCUUUUUCACCAUUAAGUUCCUUUUUGAGCUUGCCGCACGUGUAGUCAGCUUCCUCCAGCAUGAGGAUCGGGAACGCAGAGGGGAGCGGACCAUUUAUGACUACGUGCGAGGCAACUACUUGGACCCCCGCUCUUGCAAAGUUUCCUGGGAUUGGAAGGACCCCUUUGAGGUGGGCCACAGCAUGGCCUUCCGAGUGCAUUUGUUCUAUAAAAAUGGUCAACCCUUCCCUGCUCAUCGUCCUGUCGGGUUACGAGUCCACAUCUGCCACGUCGAGCUAGCAGUGGAUAUUCCAGUGACUCAGGAAGUACUUCAGGAAUCCAAUUCAAAUGUGGUGAAGGUGGCAUUCACUGUGCGCAAGGCUGGGCGCUAUGAGAUCAGUGUAAAAAUUGGGGGAUUGAAUGUGGCAUACAGCCCUUAUUACAAAGUCUUUCAGCCAGGGACAGUGGUUCCAUCCAAAACCAAAAUUGUUUGCCAUUUCUCCACUCUGGUGCUGACUUGUGGGCAGCCACAUACUUUGCAGAUAGUCCCUAGAGAUGAAUAUGAUAACCCUACCAGUAACUCAGUAUCGCUGAUAGAUGAGCACAAUUACAGCCUCUCCAUCCAUGAGCUUGGUCCCCAAGAAGAGGAGUCUUCUGAUGUUUUGUUUGAAAAGUCUGUGGUAUCAAAUCAAAAGACUUGUCAGGUUUUCCUGAGACUCACCGUGCUCCGUAGGGGGUGUUUCCGUGCCUGCAUCUCCUACCAAAGCCAGCCUAUUAGCAAUGGAGAGUUUGACAUCAUUGUUUUAAGUGAGAAUGAGAAGAAUAUUGUAGAGCGAAAUGUUUCUACCUCAGGGGUCAGUAUCUACUUUGAGGCCUAUCUUUACAAUGCUAGUAGCUAUGCCAACACACAGUGGCACCUUCCACCCCUCCAUUUGGGUGUUUCUCAGCGCCGCCCUUCCAAUGCUACUGAAGAUGAGGAUGAGGACUCUCCCUCUGACAGUCAGACCCCUGAGAAAGUCAAGAAACCAAAAAAAGUGUAUUGCUAUGUUUCACCCAAGCAAUUCUCUGUAAAGGAGUUCUAUUUGAAGAUCAUCCCUUGGCGCCUCUUUACCUUUAGAGUCUGUCCUGGAACCAAGUUUUCUUACCAUGGGCCUGAUCCUGUGCACAAGCUGCUGACACUGGUGGUGGAUGAUGGGAUACAGCCCCCCGUCGAGCUCAGUUGCAAGGAGAGGAACAUCCUGGCAGCCACUUUCAUUCGCUCUCUACAUAAAAAUAUAGGAGGUUCAGAAACUUUUCAAGACAAAGUAAACUUUUUCCAGAGGGAAUUGCGUCAAGUGCACAUGAAGAGACCCCACUCCAAGGUUACUCUGAAAGUCAGCCGUCACAGUCUUUUGGAAUCAUCUCUGAAAGCAACACGGAAUUUUUCUGUUUCUGAUUGGAGCAAAAACUUUGAAGUCGUUUUCCAGGAUGAAGAAGCCCUGGAUUGGGGAGGCCCUCGCAGAGAGUGGUUUGAAUUGAUCUGCAAAACUUUAUUUGACACCAUCAAUCAGCUUUUCACCCGCUUCAGUGACAACAACCAAGCUUUGGUGCACCCCAACCCCAAUCGGCCUUCUCAUUUGAGACUGAAAGUGUAUGAAUUUGCGGGGCGCUUGGUUGGAAAGUGUCUCUAUGAGUCAUCUUUGGGAGGGGCUUACAAGCAACUAGUGAGAGCUCGUUUCACUCGAUCUUUCUUGGCUCAGAUUAUAGGACUGCGGAUGCAUUAUAAGUAUUUUGAGACAGAUGACCCAGAGUUUUAUAAAUCGAAAGUUUGCUUCAUCUUGAACAAUGAUGUGAGUGAGAUGGAACUAGUCUUUGCUGAGGAAAAAUACAACAAAUUGGGCCAACUUGAGAAGGUGGUUGAGUUGGUAACUGGCGGUGCUCAAGUACCAGUAACUAAUGAAAACAAAAUUUUCUACUUGAAUCUGCUUGCGCAGUACAGAUUGGCCAAUCAGGUUAGAGAGGAAGUAGAUCACUUCUUGAAAGGUCUCAAUGAGCUGGUUCCUGAAAACCUUCUAGCUAUUUUUGAUGAAAAUGAACUUGAGUUGCUGAUGUGUGGUACUGGAGACAUCAGUGUCUGUGAUUUCAAAGCACAUGCUGUGGUGGUGGGCGGUUCCUGGCAUUUCCGAGAAAAGGUUAUGAGGUGGUUUUGGACUGUGGUUUCCAGUUUCACACAGGAAGAACUGGCCAGGCUGUUGCAGUUCACCACUGGCUCUUCUCAGCUGCCUCCUGGAGGAUUUGCUGCACUCUGCCCAUCUUUCCAGAUCAUUGCAGCUCCAACGCACAGUACACUGCCAACUGCCCAUACUUGUUUUAACCAGCUGUGCCUCCCCACUUACGAUUCCUAUGAAGAGGUACACAAGAUGUUGCAACUGGCCAUCAGCGAAGGCUGUGAGGGUUUUGGCAUGCUCUGAUUGCCCAGAAAGAAACCCAUCUAGCUUCCUUUGUUUUUCAGGCAAGGCCCAGCCCCACUUCACUGCUCAUUCUAAUACCCCGUCUUAGGAGUAGUGGAGGCGGAGUAGAAGCAUCAUGCAAACAGGAAUGUCUAUCUGCAGUGUUUCAUGGAGGCCUCCCAGUAGCUGGAGUACAUUAUUGGGAGCUUACCUUGCCUCUUCCCUUUUCCACCUCAGUUCAGUUUGGUACAUGAAAUGAAGUGAGAUGCAUCUGUUGUGAUAUGUGCAGCCAUCUGAAGGAAGGAUGCAUGUAAGCAAAAGUUGCUAUCUGGUGCAGAAGGCUUCUAACUUAAAAUACAUUGGUUGUUUUGGGGAACAAAUGGACCAGUAUGGAGCUCCAAGUUCCUAGAUUAUGGGAAGCCUUAAUACCUUUUCAUGCAUUGGCCCAACUUUUCACAUAAAUAAUUCCUUUUCGAUUUAGAUAUUGCAGAAGGACCAUAAAAUCAUCCCUUCCUCCUUUUGUACCUGAUCCAUUAGGGCUUUAAAUUCUCUUUGCUACCUUGCAAUUGCUUGCUGGGAAGGGAAGGUGGCAUUUUUGUCACUGGAGCCCAAGGGCUGGCCCUGGCAGGGGCACUGUGCUACCUCUGCCAGGUGCUAGCAACAGGAUGUAUUUGGGCAGCAGCAGUAACUUCCACCAACUGAACUGGAAAAGGAAUUUUCAAUCAUUGGUUCUGACAGUAAUUAUGAACUUCAAUAGGAGAUUCCCCCCCUCCUUAAUACAGGAUGAAUAUAAGUGUGCAUGAGAUCCAAUGCCUAUCCCAGGACCUGUCUUUGAGGGUACUUUGGAAGUAAUGGUGGUAUGUUAAGAGGCAGCUAUUAUUUGUAUAGAAGUAUAUUCAAGUGAUAGAGCUUAGCACCUUCAUCUUCCACGGGAUGUGAUGUCUACCUCUACCACAAAACAGCAAGAGUUUAUUUCAUUAGCGUGCUUCAGGCAGAGUUGUUAACCCAUGUCCAGUUCUCCUAUUUUCUGUGUCCCAAACAUUCCAUUUAUUUUUAUGGGGAUUAAAUUGGAGCUGUCCAUAAGGCACUUAAGCAGGUGGGCUUACAAGACAACUUACUGUACUACCCACUCUCCAGGCUAUUUGGGAGAUGGUGGGAGCAGCCAUGUAUAACUGAUCAGUAUCUCUGACUAAUUCUGACUACAACUUCUCCACUACUCCUAUUUCCUUGGCAAUAAAGGAAUGGGAAUUCAGGGAUCCUAGCUGGCGGUGUAGCCAGUUCUCAUCAGCAAAGCCAAAAUCUGAGUGGAUUGUGAAGUCAAUACUCUGUUGGCACCUAAAGUGCAUUUCUUGUAGUCAAGAAAGAGAUGUUGGUGGGUGGUUAUUUAAUGAGAGGAGGCAACAACUGUAACUGUCUGGACAAAGGGAGAUUUCCCCCAAGGCUGGAAUCUCAAUUCGGUGUCUCAUAAAAUUGAACUCAAUAAAAAUAGUUGACAGUGGUGCCAGUUUUUCCAGUUCAACCAGAUUAUGGCUACAGCUUUUUGAGAUGACAAAUUGACAUUUUUUAAAGAUAAUAUGAAAUAAUAUGAAUUUAAAGGGGGGAGUAGGCUUUCAUUUUUUUCCUAUAGGUGAAUGCAGAUCAUAUUUGUACAGAAGUACAAGCCAUCACUCUGCCAAAAAAUGUUAGUACUCUGAGUAUUGGGACAGCUCAGGGAGUCUUUUCCCUUUGGGGGCUUGUUUAGAGACCACCACUGUAUUUUCCUUCAUGGCAGACGUUUUUCUUCAGGCAAUAGCUCUUUUUCAAAGCUGAUAUUUAUGCCAUCAUAUUGCACUAAAGAUGACUUGUAUAAAGAGUGCAAUUCAGGUUCCUGAAUGACUUCUGGCACCUACCCACUGCUCUCCUUAGGGACCAAAAGGAGAUAAUGCUGUAGUGAAUGGCUGAGGAGAGCUGCUUGUUGCAGCUGUCCUUUUUUUUCUUGUUCCCUAACCUAUUGAAGGCUUUUUCCAGCCAUGGCUUGAAGUUGGUUCUGCUACAUCUUCCUCAGGAAUCCUGUCCUUUUUUAAUACUAAGGACCGAGUGGCUGGUAAUUCAGCAGGUAUCCUCUGCUUGAAACCACUCUCCUAUAACAAUAUGUAUUUGGCACUUGUUGCCUUUUUGCAGCUGUACAGAUGCCAAGGAUUUUCUUCAUACACAAGCACAGUCAGAACAGUGGAUGGUGCAGCUUGUUCCUAGCUAAUAAGGUGCUUCUGCAUGGGUUCUUUUACGCCCAUCAUUAGCCAGUCCCAUCGUUCCAGGGCUUCAUAACUUCAAUACAGAGGAUCUGAUUUUGCUUCUUGUUCUCUCCUACCCAUGUCUGUUGCCUGGAUUCCAGUGUGGGGGCAUGAUACAGGCUGUGCUCUAGCCAUCUAUAGCAGAUGUGUGAGUUUUGAAGUUCCUUUCUCACUGUCUUUGUUCCAUCUAAUGUAACUAUGUCAGUUUCCAGGGUAGAGGUUAACUUUAUGGUACUGUCUCAAGUAGGUCUCUAAAUGCUGGAAUUGCAAUGGAUACCACAGGGCUUUGAUCUUGCCCUGUCUCUGAAAACUAGCUUGCAUGUUUUAGAAACCAACAUCUAUUAAGUUUAGCUAGACCAGAGCCUGUUUUCAGCUAGCCAGCUCCAGGCUGUAUUCAAGUGAGAUUCUGUAAGUCUCUAUAGAUGUAAAUAGUUUGUACAAUAAAUAAAAAUAUUUAAAAUAUGG